CAUGACUAAAUGGCUAGGAAAAGAAUCUAGCGAAAUGGUGAAGCGGAUCCGCUCAGUGCACGUCAGUAACCCCGGUCUUGCUUUACACAAAGCAUGGGAGAGACUACACGAGUGCUAUGCUGCACCAGAAAUCAUCGAAAGGUCAUUGUUUCAGAGAUUGGACAGUUUUCCUAGGAUUUCAGUUAAAGACCACAUCAAAUUACGUGAACUAUCGGAUUUGCUUAUGGAAAUCCAAGGUGCUAAAGAGGAUGGUUAUCUCACAGGUCUGUCAUACCUUGACACUUCACGUGGAAUUGCACCAAUUGUAGAUAAGCUCCCAUAUGGGCUGCAAGACAAGUGGGUGACUUCCGGGUCAUGCUACAAAGAACAAAAUUAUGGGCGCUUUCCUCCCUUUGAGUAUUUCUGCAACUUUGUGUGCUUUGAAGCAAGGAAGCGAAACGACCCUAGCUUUAUGCAUCAAAGCAGCACUACAACAACUGCAAAACCAGACAGAACCAUUGUGAAGAGUUUCCAAACUAACAAAGCCAUCACAGUUCACAAAACAGAUGUGCGUGCAGCCAGUGACGACCCUAACAAAAUCUGUCCAUUACACAACAAACCACACCCCUUGAAAAAAUGCAGGACAUUCAGAAAUAAACUCUUAGAUGAAAGAAAGGCCUUUCUCAAAGAGCAAAGAAUAUGUUUCAAAUGCUGUUCUUCAGUUUCUCACCUCGCCAAGGAAUGUAAGUCUUGCGUAAAGUGCUCUGAAUGCGGUAGUACCAAUCACGAUGCGGCCAUGCACCCUGGCCCAUCACCACAAGUAAUCAAGACUCCAUCACCGUCACAAGAGAAUGGCGGGGAGGAAGAUGAUAACUCUAACCAAGCCGUUGUCAGUAUAAGCUGUACAGAAGUUUGUGGUCCAGGUCAGUGGAGCCGCUCAUGCUCAAAAAUCUGCCUUGUAAAUCUGUUCCCAAAGGGCUCCAAGGACAUAGCCAUCAAAGCCUAUGUAAUUCUUGACGACCAGAGCAAUCGUUCAUUAGCCAGACCAGAAUUCUUCGAGCAGUUCAAUGUGGAGAGUGAACAAUUCUCAUAUCAUCUCAGAACCUGCUCUGGCAUAAUCAAAACAUCUGGCAGGAAAGCUGAAGGAUUCCAGGUUGAGUCCCUCGAUGGAAAGGUUCUCAUCUCUCUUCCUCCACUUAUUGAGUGUCAUGAGAUCACGAACAAUCGUGCUGAGAUUCCUACGCCAAGUGCAGUUCUUUCCCAGCCUCAUCUCUGUCACAUAGCCAAGCACAUUCCAGAACUAGAACCGAAAGCAGAAAUACUUUUGCUAUUAGGGAGAGACGUGAUAAGGGCUCACAAGGUCAGGCAGCAGGUCAACGGACCAAACAACGCCCCUUUUGCCCAACGACUGGACCUGGGCUGGGUAGUAAUAGGAGAAGUGUGCCUAGGUAAUGCACAUAGGCCAACGGUCAACACAUUCAAGACCAAUGUGCUGGAAAGUGGCCGAUAUUCAAUUUUUCAACCCUGUACAAGUUUUAUGCGGAUCAAGGAGAUGCAGCAAAGUGGGAACACAUCCGCCAAAUCAACUGAGAAGACACUUGGAGAGACAGUGUUCAGCAGAACCGAGGACGACAACAAACCUGCUCCAUCUGUUGAGGACAUAGCCUUUCUAAAAAUAAUGGACACAAGCGUCUAUAGAAGCGAUGAUAACAGCUGGGUGGCUCCCCUACCGUUUAGAGAACCACGCAAGCCAUUGCCAAACAACAAGGAGCAAGUCGUUAAUCGUUUAACAAGUCUGCAACGAACUCUGAAAAGAAAACCUGAGAUGCAGCAACAGUAUGUGGAAUUCAUGGAAAGGAUCUUUACCAAUGGACAUGCUGAGGUAGCGCCACCACUGAAAGAAGGGGAUGAAUGCUGGUACCUUCCUACAUUCGGGGUUUAUCAUUCCCAAAAACCCAAUCAGAUCAGGGUGGUCUUUGAUUCCAGUGCUCGAUACUCCGGCAUCUCUCUCAAUGAUGUGCUCCUCACAGGGCCCGACCUCAAUAACUCCCUUGUUGGCGUCCUGCUACGCUUUCGGAAAGAGAAGGUUGCUAUCCUAGCGGACAUUCAGCAGAUGUUCCAUUGUUUCUUGGUACAUGAAGACCAUCGUAACUUUCUCCGUUUUCUAUGGCACAAGGACAAUGAUGUGAACAAGGAAAUUAUUGAGUAUCGAAUGAAGGUCCAUGUCUUCGGUAAUCGACCAUCUCCUGCCGUGGCCAUUUACGGACUGCGGAGAGCCAUCAGAGAAGGUGCACAGGAGCAUGGUGCCGAUACAGUCAAGUUCGUGGAGAGACAUUUCUAUGUUGAUGAUGGUUUGUUAUCUGUACCAUCCGAAGCUGAGGCAAUUGACUUGCUCAAAAGAACACAGGCCUCACUAGCUGAAUCAAACCUCCGUUUGCACAAGUUUGCUUCGAACUCUCAGACAGUUAUGGAAGCCUUUCCGCCAGAAGAUUGUGCCCCAGUAAUCAAGGACCUAGACCUAAGUGGAGAAACUUCGCCCACACAACGGAGUUUAGGUCUGCUAUGGGAGAUCACGACCGACACAUUCACUUACUCUGCAUCAACAAUUACCAAACCAUUCACCCGGCGUGGUGUCCUCUCCACUGUAAACAGUGUUUUUGAUCCUUUGGGUCUGCUGGCACCCGUCACGAUCCAGGGAAGAGCCCUUCUCAGAGAACUUACCUCUGAACAGCCUGACUGGGACACACCUCUCUCUGAGAAUGAAUUAAGCAAAUGGCAAGCCUGGAAAGAUUCUCUCCAGGACCUAGAUCGGCUUCAUGCUCCACGUGCAUACACAACAACCUCACUAGUCGAAACAGUGCACACAGAAUUGUGUGUAUUCUCAGAUGCAUCUACCAAGGCCAUAGGUGCUGUGGCAUAUCUGAAAGCACUUCAGAAAGAUGGACAAGUAGAAGUAGGAUUUGUCAUGGGCAAGGCAAAAUUAGCACCCCUGUCUGAACCUACAAUCCCAAGGCUCGAGCUCUGCGCUGCGGUCUUAGCAGUAGAGAUGGCAGAUCUCAUUAAGGACGAGCUGGAUCUGGAGCUAAAUGAUAUAAAGUUCUUUACCGACAGCAAAGUGGUGCUCGGCUACAUUUACAAUGAGUCAAAACGAUUCUAUGUGUAUGUCCACAACAGAGUUCAACGCAUCCAUCAGUCCUCAAAACCUGAGCAGUGGCACUAUGUGCGCACAGAAGAAAACCCUGCAGAUCAUGCAUCACGAUCUUUACCUGCACUACGCUUGGCACAGAGUUCAUGGUUUACAGGUCCCUCCUUCCUGCGUCAGCCACCUCCAAAAAAGACACAAACGACUGAGAUGUUCGAACUAAUUGCACCCGAAAAUGACCCAGAAAUACGACCACAAGUACAAACAUGUAUUACUAACCUGAAAGAACCAGAGUUUACCUCUUACCGAUUCCAGCGGUUCUCCACCUUCACCUCCCUAUUAAGAGGAAUAUCAUUUCUAGUUCACAUAGUAAAAUCCUACAAUCACACCAACCAACACAGCAAAUGCAAAGGUUGGCACAGAUGUGACUUACACCGUACCCCAGACGAAAUUAACCAAGCAAGGAAUGUUAUCCUUAAAGCAACACAAAGGGCUACAUUUGCAAACGAACUGACGGCCCUCCAAGGUAACCAAGCCGUACCCAAAAGUAGUCACUUAAGGAAACUCAGUCCAAUCUUGGAGGACAACUUAAUUUGUGUUGGAGGACGACUAAAGUACUCUGAGCUUGCAACUGCAGAAAAGAAACCAAUAAUCCUCCCCAAAGAUAGCCACAUAUCAUUAUUGCUCAUUCGACAUCACCAUGAGCAAGUGAAACAUCAAGGCCGUCACCUGACAGAAGGAGCUAUCAGAGCAGCGGGACUGUGGAUCCUGGGAGGCAAAUCAUUAAUUAAUUCAGUACUUCACAAAUGCAUAACCUGUCGCAAGCUGCGUGGAAAGUUGGAAGAACAACACAUGUCAAACCUGCCACCUGAACGUCUAAAGGUCUGCCCUCCAUUUACAUAUGUGGGGCUCGACGUAUUUGGACCGUGGUCUGUCACAAGCAGACGCACCAGAGGAGGACAUGCGGAGAGCAAGCGGUGGGCCAUCAUGUUCUGCUGCAUGAGUUCAAGAGCAGUGCACAUCGAGGUCAUUGAAUCAAUGGACACGUCGAGUUGCAUAAAUGCUCUCAGGCGCUUCUUUGCACUCAGAGGCCCUCCGAAACAGCUCCAUUCCGAUUGCGGUACCAAUUUCAUUGGAACGUGUAAGGAGCUCGGAAUGGACAAAGUGGUGCAGAAGUACCUCAGCGAGCAAGGAUGCAGCUGGGAAUUCAACCCACCUCACAGUUCUCACAUGGGAGGUUCGUGGGAGCGCCUGAUAGGCAUUGCCAGAAGAAUCCUAGAUUCAAUGUUUCUCCAGCUGAAAACACGUUUAACCCACGAAGUUCUUUGCACACUAAUGGCAGAAGUUACUGCUAUCAUAAAUGCACGACCACUCGUACCCGUGUCUGCAGACCCAGAACAGCCAUUCAUACUCUCACCAUCUAUGCUCCUCACACAGAAGACAGGAGUUCCGCCUCCUCCCGGAGACUUUACGGACAAGGACUUGUACACAAAACAAUGGAGACAAGUUCAGGCUCUCGCAAACCACUUCUGGACCCGCUGGAGACGAGAAUACUUACCUUGCUUACAGCACAGGCCAAAAUGGACGGUACCUCGCAGAAACCUACAAGUCGGAGAUCUGGUUCUGCUCAGGGACAAGCAGACAUCUCGCAACUGUUGGCCCAUGGCCAGAAUUUCAGCCGUAUUUCCUGGAAAGGAUGGCCAUGUAAGAAAGGUUGAAGUCACCACGACUGACCAAGGCAAUAUAAAAACCUUUCUAAGGCCAAUUGUAGAGGUCGUCCUUCUUCUACCGAAAGACUGAUCUAGGGACUAAGGUUUAGCACUUUUACAAGUUCAUAGUGACCUUACAUAGGUCAGGCGGGGAGUGUGUUGUCCUGUAAGGACUUUAAUAUUUAUAUGUGUGCUUUAAAUAUUUUUGAUAAAUAUUUCUAUAUAAAAAAUUUAAAGUUUAUAAUUACUUUAUCUACUUAAUUUGUAAAAAUAUAUGGUUCGUUUUAUGCGAUGUCACUUCCGGUUUUGCUACUUCCGGUUUCGCCACUUCCGGUUAGCGCUCAGUGCUCAAUCUUGCAAUGAAACCGGCAUGGCGUGCUCUUUAUAGUAUCCAGCGCAUCCACUAAAAACAUCAUAGAGGCAAUGCCUUUUCACCGUACAAUGUAAAUGAGAGAGUGACAGUAAAGGGUAAAUCUUA